UGCCUUUUGCUGCAGCCUCUGCUGCUGGGGGCAGUAGGUACUACCGUGGCUGCUAGUGUUAUUUGUAGCACGGCACUCGGACACUUAAAUCUAUUGAAGCCGCUAUAUCUGUCUGUGUCCCGUUGUUGUUAUCUAUUUGGUGCAGCGUGAUGUGUGCUUGUGAUUAGGUGAUGGUCGGAUGAAGAGAACAAGUCAUCAUCGUUCCUGCCGCCACCGCCGUCGUCAUUAUCAGCUGCCGUCAACGUUAGCACCCAUCAAGUGCUAAUAGUAUCGUAGUCGCAGAAUAGUUUUAGCAGCACCAGCAAUAAUUAUCAUCAGAAAUUCUUCGUACUAUCGGUUUUUCUUUGUGUAUCCGUGCCCCCUUUACUUUCCACGACCACCAUCAAGAUCCGCCGGGGACGACUGUUGUUGUUGUUGUUACUACACCGCCUCUAGACACUAGCGCCAAUCAGAUCUCCUGCCACCGCCCUUGCCCUUUUUCUGCUUCUGUUAUUAUUAUUAUUUAUUGCGACUGCUAUUACUACGGCUGCUGCUGGUGUGGUUUCUCGCUGGUGGUUCGGCUGUAACAGCAAGUGCUGUUUGAUGUAGUUCGAUAUAAAGGCUCUCCAAAUAGAAUAGCAUCUUCAUGCAUCAAAUUAAUUAACGACAACGUUCCUCUUUUCCUACCCGGUGGUAAAGACAUCUGCAUCGCGGGGUACCUUUGGUUUGGUGAUACUGUCUCUGUAGGGGGAGAAAUUGUUUCAAGUGAACGAGUUAGUUAUCCAUCGAUAAAACAUACAACAAUUCCGAUAGUUUAUCGGGGCCCAAUACCAUUAAGUAUCAUCACCCAUAUUUUAUCGCUCGGUGGCUUCGUCGCAUGUUUUUUGCGACUCCGUCGCGUUCUCACAAGGAGGUCUCUAUAAAGACCGGCGGUUUGAGGUCGGGUUAUCGUUGCUACUGCCGCUAAUGUUGGUGCUGGUAGUGAAAGAAGUAGUGGAGUGUACCACCGUGUAACGGGCGGUUAAUUGUGAUUGUGUAAGGUAUUGAGAGUGUGCCCUGCCAACAGCUGUUGUCCGCGAGCUGUCUUGUUGUUAUUGUCCUGAUCUGACCAUUACUACCCCAAACUUGCCACCAGCUUUAAUCAUAGGUAGCGCUGCUGGAGACGUGAUGGAGAGUGGUCCUGACGCCGGAACCAGCUCUUCAGCUCUUAUAGUGGGACCAGCCGGUAAAACAAACGAAGUGUCCUCUUCGACCAUUGCAACAACUGCGAAAGCCAAAACGAAACCCAAAGCGAAAGGGACAAAUACUGGAAAGGGCCGACAUAUACAACGGCAAUACACUCCACAACCAUCAACAAAAGCAACUACCGAAUCGGUAUUAGCUGAAAUGGUGCUACCUUUGACACCACCCUCUUCCUCAUCCAUAGAGGCAGUUGAAGACGAUAGCGUAAACCGCAAAGAAUUGCCUCCCCCAGCGAAUGAAACAGUAGUGGCUGGACCGACGUCGGCAUCGAUGACGACAUCUAAAACCUGCAACAUCAAUCAUCACCGUCAAACCAAUAACAACAAUGCCAACAACAAUAACAAUACCCUGUGUACCAUUAACAGUAUGGAUAAAGCUGACCAUGACGUAGACCAGACCUCAGGCGAUGUCAAAAAUUACAACGAAAGCAGUGCUAAUGAGAAAAAGGAAGUCCAGCAGCAGAUGUCAGUAGAUUCCAAUGGCGAUGAGGUGGCGAUAUCCGCUCUUCCCGACGGAUCCGAUUCGACGAUGGGUUUGCAGGAGGAUGAGGAGGACGAAGACAACUGGGAGAAUCUCAUCGAUAGUGGGACUUUAGAUAAAUCCCUAGAAAAGCUUCGUGUUAAGGACAAAGGCACUACUCGACUAAAUGAUGCAAACAGUGAAUACCAAAAGCAGCAUCAGAAGAACGAGAAAACGAGAACACCAUCAGGACCUACAAAAAUUAAUGUGAGGCUAGAGGAGCCUUCUCGAACAACGCCACCUACAAUUAAAAUUCUUCGUAGAGAAACGGCGCCAACUGGGGUAGUUUCUAUUGCUCCGGGUACGGCUAAUGGAGAAAGAGGAAGUUUUGCGGGGGACACCUUCACCUCCACACACAGACGAAGCGGAGACAGCCACCGAUCGGGUGAACAUAACAACUCUGUACCAACGCCUCCGACCGGGAAGACUUACGCCCAAAGACAAGAGGAGUAUGCGCGUGCACGUAUGAGAAUCCUUGGCCCCGGCAAUGGAAACAAUCUUCCCGUGUCAGUGCCCUCAAACAAUCAGCAACGGAAUCAUAACAGUCCACAAGCAAUGCAAAGAGCAAUGCCUGGAACUAUUGGACGUGGAUUCGGCCUUGACAUGACAGGGACAGCCAGUGGUCGACGAGGCAGCCACACAACAGGCGCUCAUCGACGAGGAGGACAUACCUCAGUGGCGCCCCCGUCCGGUUACUAUGGGAAUAACAGUGUGCAGCAGCAGCACCAGCAUCAUCAAAAUAAUAAUGCGUAUAGUGGCAGCAGCAGCUAUUAUAAUGGCAAUAGAAAUAACGCUGCCUCUCAUGGUAACAGUGGUCAACAUAGCAACUCCAGCAAUACACACAGCAGCAAUGGGGGCUCACAGGGAAUGGGUGCUGGCCAGCAUACACCCCCAACGAUGCAUCGAGCUAACGGUGGAUACAUGAGAUAGCAAACAGACACAAACUACAAGGUUUUGGCUACAGAGUGAACAAUUAACAGAUGGUGCAAUCAGAUGUACAGGGGAGACCAGCAACAGCAACAACAGCAGCAGCAGCAGCAGCAGCAGCGCCAAUAAUAAUAGUAACAUCAAGAACGCCAGAAAUAUAGAAGACAACGUCACAAAGCAAAAAAGGAAAAAGAAGACAGACAGAGGGGUCGCCGAGUAUUCUUUGUCUGUAGCUACAAGACCAUCAGUCUUAAAGCAAUAUCUGCAGCAGCAGCAGCAGCUGCUAUGGUAUUAUCAACUGAAAGAACAAGCAUCAGCUAUAUCACUCGCCUACAAACAAAUAUGCAUAGUAAAUUUACAGUGUACAUGAAAACACAUUUGUAAGAAUGACCAUGAAAGUAACUUGCUUUAUUCCAAAUGAUUGUUUUGUAAGUUUUUCCGUUCCUACUAUUACAUAGGGUUGUCCCUGUGAAAUAUGCAUAGUGUAAUUGUUUUUGGUAACCUAGAUUAAUUCGAUAACAAACUAGAGCGAGACUGUCAGCAUGUGCGGACAAGCUCGCGUCAUGGUAACGUUGAGAAGCAGAUUUGACAUAGUUAGGAGAGGUGGAGGUGUUUAAGAGCUUGAAGUUAUUAAGAAAAUUGACUAUUGCGUUAGGUGUAUAGAGGUCAACAGGUUGGUCUAUGACAUGUACGAAUAACAAAUAUACAGUGUUGUAGGUGGACUGAAUUUGCGCGUCCGAUCGAGUAGUUCAUGCAAUGUUUACGGACUUAGGAGCAUUUCGAGUAGACUUCUAAAUGAAAAGAUGCAACAAACAAGGCGAUCUAUUCAAAAACGAGACCAGCUAACAUACGGUCAAUACUUUGUUAAUUUACUCUGAGGUCGUUUAGUUGGUCAUUUAGGGUAAUUUUUUUGGAUGUUGCAUUUAAGAGACUGCAUGUUUAUUUUGCCGAAGCGGGCUAAUCGCGAAGUAUUUAUAAUUUUGGACUGCCGUGCAAAAACCAAUAUACGAUGUGCGACAAUAAGCCUUUCCUAUACGAGCAACAGAUUUUCGAGUUUGACAGUAAACGUCUGUCUUCCUUGAUCCUAAACAAUUAGUCUUUUCUGCAUAGACAUAUACAUCAUUGAUAGCUGCGGGCAUUCAGAACGAAGCCUUAUCGCAGCUGUAUUCCAGUAUGGCUGAAGACAGGAUCACUGUGGUAGAUCUUUGCAUUGGAUAUUGCCGUUCAACAUUAUAAAGUACUUUCUAGUAAUUACGAUAUGAUAUUGUGUUAGUAAUUCCCGGAUGGAGUCCGUAAAACUUGUCAAUCGGCAGUGAACGUUAAAUCAUAUUAGCAACUGCGUUAAAGUAAUACCAUUAUCACAAUUAUAGAUAGUAAUAAUCUGGGCGCGACCUAGGGUAUGCCUGACGAACAUACAUAUUUGCCACAGGAUGCAGCAGUGGCUAAUCUUUACAACAUAGUGAUGCUACUGCAGCAAACAGAAGGGGCCCAAGCCACCUAAGUUUCGUGCUGCUUUAUUGAUAUAGGCAAUGUUUGUGAUCUACUAUUGUAUUAUUAAUUCUGUUCGGGGACAACUUGCUGUUUGAAAUACUACUUUCUACAAAAAAGGACGUAAUUGACAUUAAUUGUAUACAUGAUUACGGGUGGUAGUGUUAUGGUACAACAUUUUCUUGUAAGACUUUUGCCGGCUGCUGUUAGGUUUGCUGAACUAAUGCAAAGCAUACUCGUUCGUGUAAAGAAGAACAAAGAUGAUUCUGGGUCUCAAGGCGCAGCUGCUAUGCGCCAACGAUUUGUGGUUCGUCCGAUAGACGAACACUGGUUAAUGGCUGUGAUCGUAGUUGACAUGAUUUCUGCUGAACACCGUAACGGCCUGAACAAGCCAGCUGGCUAGAUGGCUGUUAUCUAUGACACUAACAAUUUUUCUAGCUACGACGCUUCAACUGUUGGCAGUUAGGCAGUAACGUCGUUACUGACGGACAUUUUUUGAGAAGCUUUACUAAGCGACCCAGUCUGCGAAAGGUCUCUGUUCAGGUCAUUUUUGUGCUGUGCGCUGCUGCCUUCUCUCCUUAUUACUGCUGUUGUUGCUGUCCUUUUUAGAGCGCAACAGGAAAAUAUGAGGUGCGCCCAUCCGCCCAUACACGUCGCGUCCUACGAUCACGCGCAGUGACUGCCCAGUCAGCACGAGCAAGCUGUAAGCUACACAAUGAUGGAGAAAGUUGAAAAAGUAUCGACUAUACCUACUUGGCCCUCAUCCUAUCCAGAACUUCAAUAUUAUAACAACAACAGCUACUUGGAGGUACGCACAAAUGUCACCAUCUGCAGAAUGUACCACAGAUGUAUAUCUGAAAUUAUACACAACGUCUUCACUACUGAUAAACGCGCUUAGCGGAAAAUAUCAGCCAGAGGGACAUAGGCUGGUCAGUCGCAAUAUCCAAGGGCUCCUUUGCCAACAGGCACGUGGUCGUAUCUAUCGGGUAUUUAAAUUCGACAGCCUAUAUGGGCACCGUGAGCUUUUUUAUCGCGCCCCCUCACCGCCCGCCCUCUACCCAUUGAAAGCCACCACGGCCGGCAGUGUGAGUGCGACUCAUUCCAGAGCAUAAAGACAACGACGGAAACGCAUUGAUUAGAGCAAAAGAAAAAAAAUAAUACAGUGCAUGGUCUGCCAAGGUUUUAUAAACUACAUCCGUCUAUCUACGACAUUCAACGCAUACUAGUUAGCUUCUGUUUAAGAACAACCGUGAGGUCUACAAUAAGGCAUUUGGAACUUACACGAUAGUCAAUGCCUUUGUUUUUGCUGUAUUAUGUCGACAUCUUGUAAGUCCAAUAUAAUUCGUGUCCUCUAUUUGUUGUGCAUACCUAAUUCGGACUGCCAAAGACUGUAUAGAUAAGAAGUGUUGGAAAAAAAAGAUAAAAUUACCGAACUGUAUUUUCCGCAGUA